AUGGCCCAACCGUCGUCCCUAAACACUAACAAUCCGUUUCGGCGGAAACAAGCCGGCGCAUCGACUACCUCUACUCCGAUCUCGAACCUUCCCAAUCCGCUAGCCUCUGACGCAUUCGCCGAUGCCUUCGACCCUCUUCCUACGUCCUCUUCAUCUUCGCUAGACCCCACACGACCGGCACUCCCGUCUAGCGAUGACUUCCGCAACUCUCUCCAGUCUCUUGGACAGUCCAAUGAACCACCGCCAAAGACAAGCUUCCAGAAACCAAAGGUCGUGAAAAAGGUCCGCGUACAGUCACCACCGCCAUCUCCCGAGUCAGAGGAAGAACCCAAUACAUAUCCGCCAGCGGAGAGAGAUACGACCGAAAGCAGUUCAAGUGAUGAAGAAGAAGAUGGAGGCGCGGAUCCGUUUUCCCAGGCUGGUGAAGUCUUUCCGCCACAAGUGUCACAGCCAGAACUACCAGGCUCCGGCCGGGUGCCCCCAAACCCGUUUGGAAGGACAUUGGAGGACCUAGAACACCCAAAGAAUGAGUCAACACAGAGUCCCGGUGCGGUACCAGGAGCGAAGGGCUCGCUGGAUGUUGAUUCCUUUCGAAGGCUCCUUCUUACAGGCCAAGCGGGAGGACCGGUGCAACCACCACGAACUGAUGGCGCGAGCAUGACUGAUGCUUCAUCAACUUUGACUGCCCAAGACACGCCCCGGACAUCUCACGAGAUUUCGGAGCACGAAAGAGAAGAGUCACAGUCACAGCGAACACCGGUGGGCGGUCCCGUACGCCCCACGAUUCAUACGCCAGCUACGUCGAGGAGUAAAGCGCCGCCACCACCGCCUAGCUCAAGACACGGGAAGUUGAUCAAAGUGGAGCUUAAGGGCGAGGAGAGAUCAGGGACACCGGGUACUCCGAGGCCUGCCUCGUCAUCCGCCCGCGCAUCCCAGAUUCUGGCUUCGCCGUUUUCGGAGCAGACUUCGGACGUGAACAAACCGUUGCCACCGCCACCAGUCAGGUCUCCAGGUGAGGAAGACUUGGAAAGUCCAUUCGACCGCGAAGCCGCUGGUAAACUUCCAGAGGUAGACCAAGGGGCCAACGCCUACACUGCCCGACCGCCAACUCCGCCCAAGCCAACAACAGCCACACCGCCUCCGUCACAAGCAUCAAGAAAGCCGCCUCCUCCACCCAGGCGAUCGACCCAUGGCCGUUCAGAAAGUAAGGUGUCUGCUCCUGGGUCUGUGUCGACACCCGUGGCAACACCACAGGCGUCUCGUCUAGAGGAGGAACCCACCCGCAGUUCUGUAGACUCGAUUUGCUCGAGGUCGUCGAGCCUGAAGGUUACAAGUUCUACCACUCAUGUGAAUGCACCGGCACCGCCUCCGCCGAGAAGGUCGACACAUGGGCCCAGAGCUUCAACUUCCACGGCAGGAUUGGGAAUGGGCAUUAGUUCGCCUGCAGCCGUGUCUGCUGGAGGCGAGGGUACAGAAUUCCCCGGUCUGACAACUCAACCAGUUUCCGGAUCAGCGCAGAGUAGCCGGCCUAGCACCCCCGCCAAUUCCCAUGCCAACAACUCCGAAGCCGCCAGUAUCAGCAGUUUCAGUCAGCCCGGACAUGGUAGGACCUUCAGCGGAAGCGGCAGACUAGCACCUCCUCCACCUCCCCCAGCGAGAAACAAAUCAGUCCGGUCAGGCACCCCUUCCACGUCGGGUGGUACUGUGCGCAGAGUAGACAGCGGGAGGAGUAAGGAACAUCCAAUCGGACUGGCGUCCCCGGCACCAAUUGCCCCGAGUCCGAAUCACGCUCCGCCACCGCCACCCAGGCCAAGACCAAGGGGAAGUAACAGGCGAUCGGUCUCGGGGAGCGGGAGUGUCGAUAGCGGUAAUCCUGCGCUUGGUACAGGGACUGUCGAAUCACCCGUGCCUGUUCAUCCUCCGCCUGCUGUCCCGGCGUCCGGGCUGGGUGGUGCUGGUGCGCGGUUCCUGGAAGCAUCGCUGGCAUUAGGUGAUGAGCCGAGAAGUAUUCCAGAUGGGGGGCUUGCGAGUGCGGACGUUAAUUUGGACGAAGAAGACGUGAUCAGAAGGGAGUCGGCAGCUAAGGAUAUCCUGGCCGAUUUGGAUGCGUUGCAGAGGGAGGUUGAUGCUUUAAGGGCCGCGCAGGAGCAGGAGAGGGCUUAA